UGUGAAGUUCAAGUUGGUAGGCGAGAAAAAAAAUGAGCUCUAAGGUUGCACUCAGGGCCCAGAGCCAACUUCUGUCAAUUUUGCAGAAGGGAAAGUUUGCUCAGCCACUGGUAUGUGCCUUCCAUACCUCUUCAACAUCAAAAUAUGGUAAGAUGCCAACCAUAAAGAAAGACCUCAUCAACCAUUCUAGAGUCAGGGGUAUUGAUAUUUUGCGGACUCCCAAACUGAACAAGGGUCAAGCAUUCACCUUAGAGGAGAGACAGUUGAUGGGAGUGCAUGGCUUGAUCCCUGCAGCCAUUAUAUCUCAGGACCAACAGAUGGAACGAGUCAUGGUCAACUUUCGAUCUCGGGCCACUGACGUUGACCGCUACAUCUAUCUCAAUGCUUUGGCUGAGCGAAAUGAGAGGUUGUUUUACCGAUGUCUUGUGGAAUACACAGAUUUAAUGAUGCCCAUUGUUUACACUCCUACUGUAGGCAAGGCCUGCCAACUGUAUGGAACUAUCUACAGAAAACCCAGAGGUCUGUUUCUGUCCAUUAAUGAUAGAGGACAUCUCUAUGAGAUGAUAUGCAAUUGGCCUGAGCUUGAUGUUAAGGCAGUUGUGGCUACAGAUGGGGAGAGGAUCCUAGGUUUAGGUGACCUUGGGGCUUAUGGAAUGGGAAUUCCUGUUGGAAAGCUGGCCCUCUACACUGCCCUGGGAGGUAUUCCCCCAGAGCAGCUCCUUCCUGUUAUGUUGGAUGUUGGCACAAACAAUGAGGCUUUGUUAAAUGACCCGCUGUACAUUGGACUGCGACAGAAGAGAGCUACUGGUCAAGUUUACGAUGAUUUUAUUGAUGAAUUUAUGGAGGCUGUGAGGAAAAGGUAUGGCCAAGAUACAUUGGUCCAGUUUGAAGACUUUGGAAACCACAAUGCCUUCAGAUUUCUUGAGAAGUACAGAGACAAGUUCUGCAUGUUUAAUGAUGAUAUCCAAGGGACAGCAUCAGUGGCAGCCGCCGGGGUUUUCGCCUCCCUGAGAAUCACUGGCAAAAAACUCAGGGAUAAUGUGUUCCUCUUCCAGGGUGCAGGGGAGGCCAAUUUAGGUAUAGCUACCCUGAUUUCCCUGGCCAUGCAGGAAGAAGGGGCAAGUAAAGAGGAAGCUGACGGUAAAAUGUGGCUAGUGGACUCCAGGGGUCUCCUCGUCAAGGAUAGGCCAAAGGGUGGAAUCACUGGACACAAGGCAGUCUUUGCCAAAGAUCACCCACCUGUGGACACACUAGAACAGGCUGUAAAGACGGUCAAGCCUACCGCUAUUAUAGGGGCAGCUGCAGUUCCUGGUGCUUUCACAGAAGGCAUCGUCAGAGAUAUGGCAGCAUACAAUGAACGUCCAAUCAUAUUCGCUCUUAGUAACCCUACAAGUAUGUCAGAGUGCUCAGCUGAAGAUGCCUAUAAAUGGAGUGAUGGCAGAUGUGUGUUUGCCAGUGGAAGUCCUUUUGACCCUGUACUUGUUGAUGGCAAGGUCAUGGUACCGGGUCAAGGAAACAAUGCUUACAUCUUCCCAGGAGUGGCGCUGGCUGCCAUUACAUGUGGAAUCCGCCACAUUUCAGAAAAGGUUUUCCUAACAGCUGCACAGACCUUGGCAGGAUUAGUGACAGAAAAGGACCUUGCUGAAGGUCGUGUGUACCCACCACUGAAGACAAUCCGAGAGUGCUCCAUACAGAUUGCCUCUGCCAUUGCUGAGGAAGUAUACAAGGAGAAAAUAGCCUCAUACUACCCCGAGCCAGAAGAUAAAAUGGCAUUUAUUCGGGAGAAUAUCUACUCUACAGAUUAUGAAUGCUUUGUCCCUGAGACUUGGAGCUGGCCAAAGCCAGGAGAACAAUAAAGAUGAACACAGUAGGACAACAAAUUAACAAACAAAUUAUUUAUAAAAAAGAAAUUGAACAUGUGAAGGGGAAAGCACAGUGUUUUUAGUUUAGGUUUAUGUGUUUCUGUCCACCAUGUUUUCAAAUUUGUUGAAGGAAAUAUAAUAUCUGUUGUCGAUAUUUAUUGUUUUGCAAUGUAUUUCUUACAUUAUACUCCCUUGUCAUAACUUUAACAAACUUUACUUAUAGAAUAUAAAAUUUAAUUACCUUGGUUUGCUUGUGCUGUGAUUAUUUUCAUUAUGAGGUAACAAGAUCACUGGUGAUGAUAAAAGAAUUGUAAUGUUUACAUGUAGAGUUCACAAAAGUUUUUCAUUCAUGUAUAUUUUUUGAAGAGUUCAUCUUUAGUACCAUGUUUAGUAAAUGCAUUAUUGUGUGGUGGCUGGAGAUCAUAAGGUCUCUUUAAACAAUUUGUUAGAAUCAUUGUUAGUACCAGAAAUACAUAUCUGAAUUUGUUUUCUGUGUAUAUGUGCCAUGCUAAAAAUCUUUUUGUUUUACAAUUUUAAUCAGACUUCUGAGACCCACCUGACUUGCAGAGCCCUGGCAUCAUUUUACUCCAGUGUCAUUCAAUAUCAAUGAAACUUUUACUAUAGUUAGAAGAUCUGAGAUGCUUGUUUUUCUGAGAGCACUGCAUAAUAAUUCAAAGUUUAUAGAAAAUAAGUCAUGUUAUGUUUCCUGAUUUUGAAUACCGGUUUUAUAUGUAAUAAUAAAAUGUGAAGUCUUCUUAUGAUCUGUUUGAAAGUAAAUUUUGAUGCAAUAUACAUAACAAAUGUAGAAUAUCUUGUUUCAUUGUCAUUUAAGAACUUAACAAUAUCUGUGUAUGUUUAUAUAUAUUCAAUAGAUACCUACGUACUUCAAAGAGUAUGAUAUACCUUAAUUUGCAGUAAAAUGAUUGUGUGAUGUAAGAAUCUCCCUAUAUUCCUCCUACAAAGUAAUAUCAUUUACUAGGUUUAUGUCACUAACACUGCUUUGUUUUUUUUUUUGUUUUUUUUCUUCUUCAUUUAAAUAGUUUGUUUCAAUGUAAAUGUCUUUAUGAUGUACUGGAUACAGUCUGAAGGAACAUGACAUGUUGAAUAUUUUUACAAAGUAAAUAUUAAUACAGGCACUGCCAAAGUAAUCGCCAAACUAACAAUGGUGAAGGGAAAUAAAAACCAUGUACUAAUUACUAAAAUGGGUCAAACAGGUCCAAAUUAAAAUGAAAGUUAAAUGUUAUACUCUUUAUAAUUUUACUGAGUUAUCUUAUAAACAUCUCAGGCAACAAAAUGAACAAAAAUAAAACUUAUUAAAGGGAGUAAAGAAAUAUCAUUUUAUAUACAUGUAACUGUACUACCAUGUAUUUUGUCCUACCCUCCUAUAUAUGUCUAUUGUGUAGAAUUCAGUAGUUUUAGACCUGUAUCAUUCUACUGAUAGUAUGAAGAGAACUGUGAAUGAGACUGACUGUUGGAAGGCAAUGGAUUGUUAAAAUUUACAUUCAGUAUUUCAAUGACAUCUUUCUCAGUAUUAAGGUACUACUAACCUUAACAUUGACUAUUUAGCAAAUUAACACCACAGUUUUUCAACUAUUGUAGAAAUCUCGCUAAGUUUUGUUAGUAUUAUAGUAGUGUUAUUGACCUUUAACAUUUUUCUGGUGAGUAGUUAAUCAGACGUUUAUGUGAUUAAAGUGCAAAUGGCAUAUCAUUUUGUAAGAGGUUUUUCUUUUUUAAUCAAAAAGGAUGAAAAUUUGGAAUGUCUAGCAAAAGAUUACUGAGAAAAUAAUAUGAUAGUUUAUAACUUGCACCAAAUUUGGGUUAUCAUACAUGUAUGUAAAAAAGUGGCCUUGGGGAGAAGUUCCUAUCACAAGUUUGAUGGAGGCUACAAGUGAUGUUGAAUGAUCACAGGGUUCUUUGUGUUUUAGAAUGUCCUUAGUGUUUUGUGUAUCAGUGUGUUGUACUGUAUAUGUUGGAUUAAUUAAUCACUAGAUAACAGCAUUAUGAGAAUUGGAGACAUUUGUUUUGAAAUUCAUUUUAUACCAAAAAGAAAAUACCAUAUAAGCAGAAUUUUUAGCGAGGAUUCAAUUUUGGCAUUAUUAGCGAGGGUUCUGGGAUAGCUACAUGUAAAAUUGAAUAUUGCUAACAAUUUAUUUUGUAUCGGUUGUUAUAACUAUCUCUCUUGACAUUAUAAAAUUGCUAAAAUUACUUCUUGCUAAAAAUAUAUACCAUUUUUUGGAUAAAUUGCUAAAUUUGCGUCUCGCUAAAAUUUCCACUUAUACAUAUUUAUUUGUCUAUUAUUCAAUGAAUCCCCCCCCCCCCCCAAGUUUGUAGAUGUCUUGUACUCAUUUGUAUCGAGUUAGCUUUUUGGGGUUUGUUUUAAAUAACAUGUAAAUACAGUAGUUUAAAUACAUGAAUAAAAUGAAAGAAUUAAUUUUAGUAUGAGGGAAAACAGUUUAAGGAAAUUGAAUAGAAAGAAAAGAAAUUGUACACCAAAAACUGAUGUUAAUUAUUGUUGCAUAACCUCAGAGAACUGUUCAUACAUAUUACAUGUAAGUGAAAAGAAUUCAACAAUUAUAAUGCUUUAUUAUCAACUUUUCCUAUUUCUAUUUUUUUAUUUACUUCGUAAGUUUUUGUUGUUUUAUCAGAAUAAUUCAGACACAGUGCUUAUAUAGUGCUUCUUUAAGGAGUGCACACUUUUUUUCUUGCCUUAUAAAACAUAUUUUUUUAUAGCCACGGGAUUGUUUUAAAAGAAAUAGAAAUACAGUGUAAAUGUUGUUAGUAAUAUAAAUACAAAUCAUGGAACAAAACAACUGGUUUCAUAUCAGGGUAUUGAAGGAUAAAGUUCAAGAUGAUUGUUAACAUUUGCAAAUUGCUUAGUUUUGUAAUAAAACUCAAAAGUUUA